AUGCAAAAGUUCCCCGGUCUUUUCAUAAGUCUAAAAAAGCAAGUAGAAGCAAGCACUUCUACUAAUGUGACGGUUUUGGUAGUGGUUUCAGGAAACGCACAAGCCUAUCGUGAGUCUUCCCCGUGUCCAGAGGAUGAAAUUACGUGCGAGUUCUCAACCCCGGCACCAUCAGCUGGUGUUUCCACUCCGACUCCAUCAACUGCUGGUGUUUCCACUCCGACUCCAUCAACUGGUAUGCUUCAUAUUUACAACAUUUCCUCUGGAGCAACUUUUAAGCACAACCAGGUGAUUUUAGGAAGCCCAGAAACCACUACAUCUACCAUGCAUCCAUCAACUGAUUGCGAUGGUCCUUCUCCGCGUAAACUCAGAGAACUCGCCCUUAAAGAGCAUAAUGAUUACAGACCUGAAGUGCAUGAGGACUUGUACAUCCCAGCUGUCCUUGACGUAUGCGAAGCUUGUGUGGAACCAGGGGAUAAAUGUGACGAUGGACUUUGUGUGCCACUUGAGCCCGAAUUUUAA